GAUCAACCCUCCCUGACAGUUUCUGCUUACUUUUGGCCUCUCCAGCAAGGCGUGAGACAUGUCCGAGACGGCUCCCGCAGCUCCUGCGGCCCCUGCACCUGUGGAGAAGGCACCUGUGAAGAAGAAGGCGGCCAAGAAGACCGGCGCCGCCGCCGGGAAGCGCAAGGCGUCCGGCCCCCCGGUGUCCGAGCUCAUCACCAAGGCCGUGGCCGCCUCCAAGGAGCGCAGCGGCGUGUCCCUGGCCGCGCUCAAGAAGGCGCUGGCGGCCGCCGGCUACGACGUGGAGAAGAACAACAGCCGCAUCAAGCUCGGGCUCAAGAGCCUGGUGAGCAAGGGCACGCUGGUGCAGACCAAGGGCACGGGCGCCUCCGGCUCCUUCAAGCUCAACAAGAAGGCGGCUUCCGGCGAGGCCAAGCCCAAAGCCAAGAAGGCGGGCGCUGCCAAGGCCAAGAAGCCCGCGGGGGCGGCCAAGAAGCCCAAGAAGGCGACCGGUGCCGCCACCCCCAAGAAGGCCGCCAAGAAGACUCCGAAGAAGGCUAAGAAACCUGCGGCCGCCGCGGCUGCCAAGAAAGUUGCCAAGAGCCCGAAGAAGGUGAAGGCAGCCAAGCCCAAGAAGCCAGCCAAGAGCCCCGCCAAGGCCAAAGCCCCCAAGCCUAAGGCUGCCAAGCCCAAGGCUUCCAAGCCGAAGGCCACCAAGGCAAAGAAGGCCGCCCCUCGCAAGAAGUGAAGUGGCCUGUCCUGCCUUAAACCUCAACGGCUCUUUUCAGAGCCACCCACAGUUUCAUUCAAAAGAGCUGAGCUUUCUCUGGUAACGUUUCUUCCUGUUGCUCCGGUCAGCUGACUAUACAGCUGUGCGGCCUGAGCACAGCCUAGUAAAUGCUUUCCGUGGGUGGCGUGGGGUAACGCGUUAGGAAGGUCCUAGACCACGCUAGAAAGUUGGCGUUAUUUUUAGCACAUGUUUGCUUCUGGUGGAGGCAGUAUCCCUGUGUGGAAGUUUAAGGCUUCCGGGCUUGUUUUCUCUACUAGGCUUUUUUUUUCCUUUUUCCCUUAACGCGCAGAGGUUCUUGGCGGGAAGUCUUAAUCUGUGGCGCCCAGGCGUGGUAAACGCACAGGCUUCUCUUGUAAGACAGUCCUCCAGCGGGGUUACAGGCUGGAGUUUGAGUUUUCCUUUCCAAUCUCUUGUCUCCAAACUGGUUUUGAGAACUAACCAAUCAGACCAUCCUGAGUCCAUGAGUGGGGACCGUUGCACCAACCAGAGAGUGUGAUGUUAAGGUUUGCGUUGAUGUAUGGGACGCUGGCAGUUUUUCUGUCCCUGCCCCUUCUCUUCCAAGAGCUCUGGAAUUCUGUCCUAAGGGUUUGAGAGGUUGAGUUUUUUAUGGUGAAAGAACAUGGAUUUCCUACAUUACCAUUCUCGGAGUUUUUAGGGACUGAUCUCAUUACCAUUCUGUUUAGCCUGCUGCAAACUUUUCUAACACCCUGAAUGUAAGGCUGCAGUAUUUCACGCUGCUUCCUCCUACAUUGUCCUGAGUUUAUCUGUUCUUCCUUAUUUGUGAGUUGAGCAGCAAAGAACGUGAAGGAAAAGCUGUUUUUGGAAGGUUGCUGGACUGCUUCCCCCCCCCCCCCCCGCCGCAAAAAAGUGUAUGUGUGUUUGACAGCAGGGUCCACUUUCUUUUUAUCCCCAUGAUGUAAGAAUUGUACAGAUGCUCAGUGAAGGUCCUGGUAGGGAGAAAUCACGUAUCACUUUUUUCUUUCCCCACGAAUGUUCCCCUGGAGGCAAACACCUGUGCCAACUGAGACAUCACAUUUGUAUACUUAAAACAAUUCAAUAUAGCACCUCUUUAAGAAGACAGUGGGCCUCUGUCAUCUUAAAGAUGGUUCAGUGGGUAAAGGAUCUUGUAGCUAAACCUGAAGACCUGAGUCCAAUCCCAGGAACCCACGUGAUGGGAGAAAACAGACUCCUGAAAGGUGUUCUUUGACCUGUGUAACACACACACACACACACACACACACACAUGCUAAGGUAGAACUGUAGCGAUGGGCACUGAAUUUGAGUUUGAUGUAAUUGAAAAGAUAAUUUAAAGGAUAGGUAGCUUCCUAUUGCAUUUUGCAGUGCCUGCAAUAUUGGAAGUGCAUAUAUAAUCAGAUACUUGCAGAAUACCCUGCAGUCACUGUGUCUCCAAAUGAAGUUCAUGUCCUAGGUGUUCCUUGUGUCUGCUGCCAGAGUUGAUUCUCUGAUCAAGAAACACAGGAAAAGAUAGGAUCAUAGCCACUGCUUUUCUUAUCCUGCAUACUUUAAGUACUUAAAAAUUAUUGUUUCAAGAGUAUGUUUAGCUUUUCACAGACAUUCCCAUUGACUGCACAACAAAACGGAAGUUGUGGACUGCUGAGCAGGUCUCCAGUGGCACAAGACCCAGUGAAAUGCUCGUUGCCAAGCUUAUACUCCUUAAUCCCAACAUUCAGAAGGUGGAGGCAGGCCCAUUUCCCUCUUGUUUCGUUCUCCUCUAUGACUGAGUAUUUGAUUGAAUUUAUAAAUUCUCAUGAACUGAAUUAGAAUACUGUCUUACAUCAGUUGGAUUUAGACGUUUAAAAGAAAUACAUAAAUAUAUAUUAAUAAUGCAUAUGAACAUGAUUGGAAUGUUUUUCUGACCUUGGGGUCUAAUUUCGUACAAUGUCCUUUACCUGCUGGGUCAUGCAGCUCCAAAUAUAGGAGAAUAUAGAAAAUAAAAAUUCCAUAUGUGAAAUGUCAAUAUUUACUA